CUCCCUCUCUCUCUCAUCUCUCUCUCUACCAACAUCAACAGCGCACCAGGAAACGGCACCUCUCUCUCUCUCUCUCUCCUCUCACUAUGUCAAGCUCUACAUUGUGUGCCUACGUCGUCUCAUUCACGGACCUUCACCAGGUGGAGAGACAGCAAACCAGUAUUCUAGAGAGAGAGAGAGAGAGAAUCAGGAAAUGUCUUCACUUCAAACGUUUUCCCAACAAUAAACCAAAAACCCACAUCACACAGCACCAAAAUAAAGCAGAGAGAGAGAGAGAGAGAAUUGUGUGUGCCACAAUUACCCUUCUGCAACCCAACCCCCCAAAAAUCCCCAUCUUCAUCAUCAACUUCACUGCCUUUCUAAAACAGCUAUGUAUUUUAAUUUUUUUCCCGAAUUAUGUGGGCUUAUUCGGCCUUUGCUUCGGUCAGAGUUUUUUUUCUACGCAGCAAAGAAAAGAACCUUCCCACCCCCUCCCCUCCCCACCCCCCUAUCUAUUUUCUCUCUCUAUCCAUCUCCCCAUUCUAUCUUUUCUUUAUCUUCAUACAAGGCAACCCCCCCUUUCUUUAUUGCUCGCCCAUCUCUCUUCCGUGUUCACAUCUCUCACCAUAUAUUCAUCUCCUUGUUUUCCUCGUUUUCGUGUUCAUAAAAUACGCAUAUAUCUGCUCUAAUCUUCUGCAAGAUCACAGCUUUUCGAAAGGGGCCUUCUUCGAUUUUUGAUCUAAUGUCAAAGAAGAUGAAGCAAGUGGUUUUGGAUCCAACGACGCCGUAUGGUGUUGUGGAUGGUAGGGCUAGGCUCAAGUAUCAGACUCUUAUGCAGGACUAUCACGACUUGCAAAAGGAAGUUGAUAUCAUGAGUAGCAGAUUAGAGGCAGGGAAACAGAGGAAGUUGGCUCUCGCUGCUGAAGUUCGGUUUCUGCGGAAAAGAUUUAGUUACUUAAUGAAAACGAAGACUAAGAAUUCGUCACAGAGAGAAAAACUAGGGCAGUUACCAAAUCUGCACAAGCAAGCUAAACAGACUGAGAAACUUGGUAGAAAAGAAGCCACUCUUCGUGUUUUACCCCCGAUUCCAGAAGUUAGACCGAAGAAGAAACAGUAUAUUAGUAAAGAAGUAGCUUUGCGAGGUUCAUCUCCAGUCGGUAAGCAUCAUAGGAAAAUGUCGGAUGGUGGGAAAGAAUCUACUCAGCGCAGUUCGGCUACCAUUUAUGAUUUGAGCCACAAAGCAAGAACAGACACCAGGAAGAAUAAUUUGACGCGGAGCACGGCUCCAUUUUUUGACUUGAACAAGAAAGGAAGAAUGUACGCGAAUGAUACAGCUCCGAGCAAUGCAUCCGCAGCUUUUGAUUUGAACCAAGAUGAUGGUUCUAGUGGGAGAGAAUCGUCAUUACCCAGCCGAGCACCUAUCUUUGACUUGAAUGAAAUCUCGACGGGUGACGAGGAUUUCCAACAGACUAAUGCUGAAGCGGUGAAGUAUGAAGAAACCAGGAGAAGUUUAAUGAGACAUCCAAGCGAUGAGGUGCAAAACGACUUGAUGCUGUCCAUAUGUAGAAAUGCUGGUGAAGGGCCGUCUCGUGUGGGGAAGAGGAAGAUCUCGUGGCAGGAUCCAGUAGCACUGAGAGUUUGAAACCAAUCAUUAAGGUAAGCAUUGAACUUGCUCAGCCUGUAAUGGUGGCUUUCAUUUGCCUUGAUACUUAGUUAAUACUACUUAAAAGCAGUGGCCAAUAUGGCCAAACUAGAACUAAUUGGUUUCUAGCUAGUGAAGGAUUAUACACUAUAGUUUGCUGUUCUUUCUGCUUGAACUCCAUAGCUUCUAUUGCUCGAUUUAUGUAAAAAAAGACGAUAAGUCUGCAGACGCGCUAGAUUUAAGAUCCCAUUUAUAUCAUUGCCCUUGAGAGAAAUGUAUCAAACUGUGUUUAUUUCUUCUGUGAAGUAAGUAGAUUCAAUCUAGUUUUGUGAA